AUUGUACAGACUUUCGAGUUUGUUACAAACAACGACGGCUCCGUGGCAUAUCUUUAUCGUAUAACUACUGGACACGCAACACGUAGUUUUGCACAUGCAGCUGCGCGAAGUGCUGGUUUGGACGAACAGAUUGUUAAACGAGCAUUAGAGGUUUACGAAAAAUUUAAAGCUGGCGAGUUACCUCCGCGACUACCAGAAGCUGCAAGACAAGAUAUGGCGGCGCGCAUCAUUGAACGAUUAUUGGAAAGUGAAAAUUUUAAUUUGGAAGAGUUAAAAUCGUUGAUUCGUCAAGCCACGGAACAACAAGCUGUGCAAAAAUAAGAAAUGUUGAAAUCGGAAAAAAAAAAUUUAUAGAAAUUUUUGUGAAUUAUUUAGAUAUUUAAUGAUCAGAAAUAUUUUAAUUUAAUUUUUCAUAGAAAAGACAAAUUCGUCAAUACAUAUAAUUCAAGAUAGUUUUCUUUAAUAUUUUUAGGAUCUUGGUCCUCAAUAUAUAAUCAUUACUUUAUAAGCAACGAUGUUAAAUUACAAAUAAAAAAUGAUAACAUCUGUAUAAAAAAAUUAUUAAAAAAA